GCCGGGCCAUGGGCGGGCACUCGGUGUCGCAGGUUAAAAGAGAGACGGGCGGUGGGCCGAGUUGCCUUUGCGGGUGCCGCGGUGUCCCUUGAGCCCGGCCGCCGACCGGGAGGACGCCGGGCCACCGGGCAGCGCUGAGAAGUUUGGAAAAGCCUCUUAUCCCAGAAGUCACAAAGAGCUGCCCCAAAAUGGAAAUGUGGUCAAGCUAGCUCAAGGAGGCAGAAAGUGAGAAGAUAGUCACAGUCUGUAUCGAGGAACAAGGAGCUGCUUGGCAUAUCUACAAAUCUGAAAGACUUACUCAGGGAACUAAAGCCAUCUAUCUCCAGAAAUGUCAUCAGAAAAUAAAGACCAAAAUGACCUUUCAGCAGAAGGAAACAUCAGUCUGCCACCUGACAUUCCCCUGGAGGCUCAAAAGGAAACAAGUACUGACUUCAAGCAAUUUGAGACCAAUGAUCAAUGCAAACCUUAUCAUAGGAUCCAUGUGGAACUUCAAGAGAAAUCAAAACCUAGCAUCAAGCAGUUUGCCAUCAGAAAGCUAAAGAGUUGUCAGUGUAGCCCAACCAAGGCCAAAAAUAUGAUUUUGGGUUUCUUUCCUGUUCUGCAAUGGCUCCCAAAAUAUGAUCUAAAGAAAAACCUUUUAGGAGAUAUGAUGUCUGGUUUGAUUGUGGGCAUAUUACUGGUGCCCCAGUCUAUUGCUUAUUCUCUGUUGGCCGGCCAAGAACCUAUCUAUGGUCUAUACACAUCUUUUUUUGCCAGUAUCAUCUAUUUCCUAUUUGGUACCUCCCGUCACAUCUCUGUGGGCAUUUUUGGAGUACUGUGCCUUAUGAUUGGUGAGGUAGUUGACCGAGAACUGCACAAAGCAGGCUAUGAUACUGCUGAUAUUUCACCUUCUUUAGGAAUAGUUUCAAAUGGAAGCACACUAGUCAACCACACAUUAGACAGGAUUUGUGACAAAAGUUGCUAUGCAAUUAAAAUUGGCAGCACUGUGACCUUCAUGGCUGGAAUUUAUCAGGUGGCAAUGGGCUUCUUUCAAGUGGGCUUUAUUUCUGUCUACCUCUCAGAUGCCUUGCUGAGUGGGUUUGUCACAGGUUCCUCCUUCACCAUUCUUACAUCUCAGGCCAAGUAUCUCCUUGGGCUCAGUCUUCCUCGCAGUAAUGGAGUGGGCUCACUCAUCUCUACCUGGAUACAUAUCUUCAGAAACAUCCAUAAAACUAACUUCUGUGAUCUCAUCACCAGCUUUUUGUGUCUUCUGGUCCUUGUGCCAACCAAAGAAUUCAAUGAGUAUUUCAAGUCUAAGCUCAAGGCACCAGUGCCAACUGAACUCAUUGUUGUUGUGGCAGCCACAUUAGCCUCUCAUUUUGGAAAACUGAAUGAGAAUUACAAUUCCAGUAUUUCUGGACAUAUUCCCACUGGAUUCAUGCCACCCAAAGCGCCAGACUGGAAUCUAAUUCCUAAUGUGGCUGUGGAUGCAAUAGCUAUUUCUAUCAUUGGUUUUGCUAUCACUGUAUCACUUUCUGAGAUGUUUGCCAAGAAACAUGGCUAUACAGUCAAAGCAAAUCAGGAAAUGUAUGCCAUUGGCUUUUGCAAUAUUAUACCGUCCUUCUUCCACUGCAUCACUACUAGUGCAGCUCUUGCAAAGACAUUGGUUAAAGAAUCAACAGGCUGCCAAACUCAGCUUUCAGCUGUGGUAACAGCCCUUGUUCUUCUAUUAGUUCUCCUGAUCAUAGCACCUUUAUUCUUUUCCCUUCAGAAAUGUGUCCUUAGUGUGAUCACUAUUGUAAAUCUCCGAGGUGCCUUUUGCAAAUUUAGAGAUCUGCCCAAGAUGUGGAGGCUUAGCAAAAUGGACACAGUUACCUGGUUUGUUACUAUGUUUUCCUCUGCACUGAUAAGCACUGAAAUAGGCUUGCUUAUUGGGGUUUGUUUUUCUAUGUUUUGUGUCAUUAUCCGUACUCAGAAGCCAAAGAUUUCAUUGCUUGGCUUGGUGGAAGAGUCUGAAAUCUUUGAAUCCCUAUCUGCUUACAAGAACCUUCAGACUAAGCCAGGAAUCAAGAUUUUCCGCUUUGUAGCGCCUCUCUACUAUAUAAACAAAGAAUGCUUUAAAUCUGCUUUAUACCAAAAAACUUUAAACCCAGUUUUAGUAAAAGCAGCUCAGAAGAAGGCAGCAAAGAGAAAACUUAGAGAGGAAACAGUGACUUUUAGUGAGAUUCAGAAUGAAGUUUCGGUGCAACUUUCCCAUGAUCCUUUGGAGCUGCAUACUAUAGUUAUUGACUGCAGCACAAUACAAUUUUUAGAUACAGCAGGUAUCCACACACUGAAAGAAGUUCGUAGGGAUUAUGAAGCCAUUGAUAUCCGGGUUCUACUGGCUCAGUGCAAUCCCUCUGUAAGAGAUUCCUUGACCAGAGGAGAAUAUUGCAAAAAGGAAGAAGAAAACCUUCUCUUCUUUAGUGUGUCUGAAGCAGUAGCUUUUGCAGAAGAAUUUCAAAACCAAAAAAGAGUUUGUGUUCUCAAUGGGUUGAGUCCUUCUGGUGAUUGAGAUGGAGGCAAGAAGAGGAAGAUCUAAUCAAAAGGUUAAAAUUUCAAUGUGCAGCAUUUUCCACUUGAAAACUAGAAAAUGGGGCACAUUUGAAAUUAAUUUUUUCUUUGAAGCUAAUGGCCUUUUAAUAUGCUUAAGUGCAGUAGAGCUUAGAGUUGGACCUCUGUCAAAAAGAAGAAAAUGUGUUUUCCAACUUUCAUGCAGGUAUGAAGUAUUUGGGAGGUACAAUAAAUACUGAAUUCAGUGGUAAUUACCACCUUGCUUUAGGGAUUAUUCCUCUGGACUCAGUCCUCCAGGAGGUAAAGGGGUGAAAUUGCAGUAGAAAUACUUGGGCCUUUGCAUGGCUCUGGAGAGGGAAAGAAAGAAGGCAGGAAAAUGUCCAUACUCUUCUUGCACCAGCAGAGUACGAGGCUUGUGAAGCCUGAGGUCCUAGCUAAAUGAGUUUCUUCUUACUGGUGCUUCUCUAUUCCCAGUCUUAGGAUCCCUGGCUUAUGGUGGAAGGGACCAUCCUCCUGUCCUUAAGAUAGUAACUGUGAGCACAGUCUCAAUGGGAGUAUGGCAGCUUUUUGGAAUCCUGAUAGCAAGCCUGACAUUAUACACAACACCUUUUGUAAACAUUUGAUGCUUUCAUCAUGCAUUUUUAUUUAGAAUAAGUAAGCAAAUAGUUCUUCAAAAUCAGAAAAAAGAAGUGGGAAUCCUUUUUAUUUCUAUGACCUCUGUCCUUGUUUGUGAGGUUGUAUCUUCAUUAAGCCCUGUUUUAGCUUUCAGUUGUGCUGUUGUCAACACAUGAACUGUCUUAAAGUGGUAUUUCUGAACAUCAGUGACAGUCAUGCCAGACAAAGCAGAAUGCUGACCUGGAAGUUUUUUACAGCAUUUUAAAUGGGUCCGUGGCAAACUGUCAAGACAUUUCAAAAAAGAAUGGCUAACAGUUUCCCUUAAGGAUUGUGUCCUCACCCCUCCCUGCCCCUGUCAUUUUAGUAAGGAUCUUCUAGUGACUGGCAGUCUUUCUUAAAUAAAAGCUUAUACUGUUUAUGGAAAAGAAUGUAUUAACAUGAUAAUUGGGGCUGGAGAGAUGGCUUAGCAGUUAAGGAAGGCACUUGCCUGUGAAGCCUAAGGAUCUAGGUUCGAUUCCCCAAUACCCAAGUAAGCCAGAUGCAUAAGAUGGUGCAUGCAUCUGAAACUCGUUUGCAGUGGGUGGAGGCCCUGGUGUGCCUAUUUUCUCACUCUCCCUCUCUAAAAUAAAUGAAUGAAUGAAAAUGAUAAUUGAUAGAUGUUUUCAUGAAAAGUAAAAGUGUGUGACAUUGAAACUUACAAUUCUAUAUCUGGACCUUGAAAGACAAGGAAAAAAAAAACCAGAGUAUUCAAAAUUAGGGAAAGAGGAUAAAUUCAUGUGAGAUAAAAACAUUUAGUCAAGUCUUAAACAAAA